AUGGAAUGGGAACAUGCAGAAGCUGAGAACGUGGAAACAGGGAAUUUGGAAGCAAAAACCAAGGAAGCUAAAAAUGUGCCAUUAGAGACACUGUCCUCUGCCUCGGCCCUUCGAGCACUAUCCAGUCUCCUGAAUCCAGAAGAAGAGGAUGGUUUUGAUUUUGAACAGGGGCAAUGCUCAUUUACUAUUGGAGCCAUGGGCCCUGGGAAUAUUGGACCGCCUAAAGCAAAAGAGUCCAAAGCCAUUCCUGAACCCAGGAGUGAUGAAAGUGAGAAUAUCUGGAGUCCAGAAGAGGUUCCAGAGGGAGCAGAGCAUGAUGAUAUAUGGGAUGUUCGAGAAAUCCCAGAUUAUGAGAUUGUAUUCCAGCAAACUGUGGGAACUGAGGACGUAUACCUAGGAUUAACAAGAAAGGAUCCUUCAACCGCAUGCUGCCAGGAGCUGGUGGUGAAAAUUAAACUGCCCAAUACGAACCCGUCUGAAAUUCAAAUUGACAUCCAAGAGAUGCUCCUUGAUCUUCGCACACCUAAAAACAAGCUGUUAGUAAACUUUCCCCAGCCCGUGGAACGCAACAGCGCUAAGGCAUCCUACAUCUGGGAAGCUGAAACACUCGAAGUCAGGAUGACCCUCCAAAGGGAUUGGGAUUUUAGUGUUUCCUGA